AUACUACAACAAAUGAAUUCACUACAGAGUUUGUUACUUAUAAAUGCAAUUGGUCUAGUUACCUUUGGAUGUGUCUAUUCCAGUGAGGUGAUCUCUGACUAUGUGAAAAAAGGCAUCUUACAACUGGAAGAACAUUAUAAAACAAAUGAUCCCGCCUUGGCUGGUGGAGGUCCAUUGUUCCUCAAUGUUCUCAAAUAUGUUGAUAAACAGGAAGGCGGAGACAAGAUACUUCUUAGCGAAAUAGUGAACGUGUACAUUGAUAUCCUCAAGAACAUGAAAGACACCACUGAAGAUCAGCUUUCAAAAAACAGCAUCCAACAUAUCUACAGUGAAAUGGAGAGACUGAGAGCAAAGUUUGAAAGUGGGAUGAGCACCCUGAAAGAGUUAAAGAAACUAUGGGAAAUUAAGAAAAAUGAUCCGAUUGUUCAGCGUAAAGCUAUGCUUGAACUGAAACAAGUGCUAGAAAAAGCCAUGAGAAUCAAAAUCAAAAAUGUGCAGAAGAGAAGGAGAAGACGAGUAAACUCACCAUAAA